AUGUCGGACGUCUCGAUGACGUCCUGGUCUCCAUGUUCGACCCGUUCACUGUCACCAGCUGGCUCACCACUUUCCUUACGAGGUUCAUGGGCUUAUGAUGUUGUCUACUUGCCUACACAUUUGGAACGGCAUGUGAAGAUCACUAAAGGAGCUUUGCCAUUAGGUAUUGUUCUUGAUGCUGAAAAGGACAAAGGCGUGAAUGGAGCCGUGGUAAAGAGCAUUUGUAGCAAAAAGGCGGUCAGCCUGGAUGGUAGAAUACAGGCCAGUUGUUUACUUGUUGGUGAUUACAUCGUCCGAAUCAACCAGGAGAAUCUCCGGAAUGUGACGUCUUCCCAAGCUCGUGCUAUACUUCGACGGACCAAUUUGAUUGGCACCCAGUGCAAUGUCACCUACAUCACAGCCGCCGAUGCACGAAUGUGGAAGGAGCGAUUCCAUCGCGAUAACGAGGUCAGCUCACCGGUCAUCAAUCGGCUAUCGCCAAAGGUGUUCCCGAAGUUCUACCGAAGCCCCUACCUUUCACGGAAAGAUUCGCCUCAACGUGACACUGACGACACCGAGCCUCCGUCGGAAUCGUCGGAAAUCGCGAUGGCCCAAUCACCCUCAGAACUAUCCCAGCGAAUAGUCAAGGAAGAAGAGACGGCGAAGGAGACGACGGAGCAAGAGGAACAGCCAAAGAGUACCGAUGAAAAACCCCUCGAUCCCAGUAUCCUGGACGAGUUUGUGAUGAAUAUAAUUCAGGUGAGAGGGCAUAAUAACCAUUAAUAUUAUCUGAAUAAAACGCAGCUUAUUGCCUUGAAAAUGAAGUCUCUCUCGAAUUUACCUGUAAUUUCGAAUGAAGCAUAUCGGGAUGCUAUUAUCGAGUUUACGGUGAGUAACGCUACUCCCGAUUGGAAACAACGUUCACCGCCAUCGACGAAGCAUUCAACACCUGAACAUUGUCGGGCAUCCACAUCCUACCAACACAUUCCCACACGUACACCUGUACAAUCCCCGGCUGCAUCGUCGUCAGGCUCAUUAAUUGGCAGUCCCGAUCGACACGGUAGUCCUCCGUAUACGGUACUGCGGAAAAGUAGCCAAUCAUCAAGGUCUUCACGGGUCAGUCAAAAGGAUUCCGAUUCAAAGGAAUACUCGCCGUCAUCUAGUCGCCCACGCUCUGAAAGCAGUAACAAGCAGGGAGCAGAAGAACCAUCGACAGCGGUACCUGAGAAAUCAGAAGAGCCGGAACCUACUACAGCUGAGGUAAACUACUUCUGA